UCUCAAUACUCUGCCCGAAUCCAGCAGUCGUAGAAGACGCACAGCUGAGCGCCGCCCAAAUGGACUUGCCUUUGACUCACACUUGCGUCUCACGUGGCGAGCAUCCCCACUUGCGCUCUGCGCCGGUAAAUACACGGCCGCUCGCGAUGCCUUGCGCUCCUAAGGUUUUCCCGACGCUUUUGCUUUGUUUCGAAGCCGAUUGAAACGACACUUUAUCUGCUUUGACGAACUUCUUAUGAACGAUCACGAAUGCAUUCGCAACGACCUGCGCCCCCGGCGCUGAAGCGAUCCGUGUCUGGCGAGAGCCAGAGUAGCUAUACCAGCGCGGCAACGACCUCGUCGCGAUCCAGCUCGAAGCUGCUGUUUGGCGAGAUACCGCUGACUCCUGCGACGACUGUGGACGGAAGAUCGACCCGCUCCCUCAGCUCCAUUUGUAAUCUCGUCCUGUCGACGAGCUCUGCCUUUUUGCGCUUCUGGCUCAACGAUGACUGUCGCGAGAACUUGCUGGCCCAUAUUGACCACGACGAUCUGCCCAACUUCCGGCUGGUCUGCCAUGACUUUUCGACCCGCGCUGCGCCCAUUCUCUUUGAGUCCCUUACUGUUACCUUCAAGCCUUCAAGCUUCUCGAAGCCGGCAAGGAUCGAAGCACUCUCUCGGAUUGGUCGCCACGUCAAGACAUUCACCUUCCACAUGCCCCAUACCUCAGAGACCUUCCUUCCGCCCAUCAUCGAUCCAGAGACUGGCGAAGAGAAGCAGUUCCUCUACGAACCGCAGAUCCAGAACCCGCAGAAUAGUAGCGGCGCGAUCAAGACACCGAAGUAUGGGACGGCGGAGUUGACCAAUCUGCUUGUCCAGCAGUAUCCGCCGCUCUUCCAUGCUGCAACCAACGUUCCCGCCUUUGUCGCCGCCUUCUCGGAACUCAUCAACCUCACGCACCUUACGAUCUCUUGUCCGGGUUUCAAUAGCGCGCCUCGACAUCGGCGCAGCGCCGUCGACUAUGCGCUCAUCUCCCUGCGCAUCGCUGUGGAGCGUGCACCCAUGUAUAGCCUUCACUCCCUCUCUCUACAUCCCAUCCAUCCAGGCGGUCUUCUCUAUCUCCAUCCAAUGCGCUUUGGUAGUACUCCCUCCUCGGCAAAGCGCUGGGGUCAGAUCAGAUGUCUGUCAAUAUGCAUGGAGUCAAUUCCCGCGCCUGCUUCCCCCAAGGCAAGGAUCCAAUCACUAGAACAUCUACGCAUCCUGUAUGCUUACCUCCGCACGCUCUCCCGCGGCCUCACGCGCCUCUUUUUCCGUUGGAAAGGUGAACGGGGGCCUUCGCCUCUUAGCCUGGACAAGGAACCAUGCAUGCUUCCAGUCGAAGAGGAGCGCAUGCAUCCCUCAAUGCGCGGUGAAGUCCGCGGUCCACGGCCUUUGAAGUUCUCUCGCCUUCGGCAUAUGGAGUUGGAAAAUGCGAUCAUGGACUCGUCUCAAAUCUCCGACUUCAUCCACAAGCACCGCCGCACCCUUGUGGAGUUCAACUUCGAGGACGUGAAGCUGCGCGAAGGUAACUGGGACGACGCGCUGGAACCUCUCACCAAGAUCGCUGGCCAUGACCGAUGGAAGAGGAACCAGGAGGAAGUCAUGGACGUGCCCAUCGUGCUAAGCCCCAUCGGUCUCGAGCCUAGGAUCAUGGGGCCCCUAAUGGAGGAGGUGGACCAAGCAAUCGAGGAAGUUAGUGGGAAAGAGAGAAGCCCACAUUCAUUAAGUCGAUGGUUGGGCAUGCCGCGUGCUACGCUGAGGAAGAGCCCCGCGACGAAGGAGAGCUUCUGGGGUGGCGGCGAGCAUAUGAAGCGCCUGCUCCGCGGGACUAUGUUCUCGUCCUGGAAAUAACGUCGACGACGCUCUUCGAGAUAAUGACUGCAUGGGCUCGGUGUUUGUUGGUACGGUUCGGAGUACUCUGACGCGGCAAUUGUACCACGGUUCGGUAAUGGUUCGGUUGGAUUGGAUGCAUAUCAAAAGGAGCGCAUGGAGUUUGGAUCCCCGGUCGGGCGGACUGUCAUCAAUCAUAUACCCCC